AUGGAUGGCAGGGCAUGCUCGUCUGGCAGCCCCAGCCCUACUGCGGGCCGCAGCCCUACUGCGGGCCCCAGCCCUGGUGGCGGCCCCAGCCCUAGUCACGGUGGCGGGUACAGCACCUUUUCUGGACGUGAAGAAUUGCCAGAUCUCACGGAGCACUUGAAAGCCAAUGGAAUUUAUGAGGAGUAUGUGGCGUACCGCAAGGGCUACUUGGAAUGGCGCCGGGGUCGCCCCGAGGGUGCACGGGGCGAGCUAACGGCAGAGGCCUUGGAACAGCAAGGGUUGACGGAGAAUGGCUUUGAGUAUUGGUAUCCAACUGCUUCGAUUUUCCAGCUGCGAUUCACCAUUGCAUACUGGAUCUCAGUGUUGUUCUUGCUGGGUUCCAUCUUCUUCUGCGUCAAUGCCAGCAAUCGUAUGCUGCACGCGUAUGGCGGCCGUGUGGUGAUGGUUUGGCCGAAUCUCUUCGGCUCAUGUUGCUAUAUCACUGGCUGUUACUUGAUGUACUUGCAGCUGAUCAACCUGCCCACCCGACGGGUUGAUGCGUUGCGAAUCCUUUGCCCUGACUGGUCCAGGAUUGGUGAGCGCGCGACCUCUACUGCCAGCGUUGGCACCUGCUCCUUCUUGGUAGGGGCCUGCCUUUUUCAGAUCUCCUGUGUGGCGGAUUUGUGGGAAGCGCCAAAAUAUGCGUCUCUCAUCAUUAGUGUGCCCAACUUCAUUGGGAGCAUUCUCUUUGUUGUCGGCGGUGUGUGCGAAGUUCUGAUCAACCGCACACGUAGCGGUACUUAUGACGACACUGCAUGGUUCGCCAGUUGGUUCACCUUAUUGGGAUCCGUUGCCUUCACUGUGGCCGCGGUCCCUCCCAUGGUUGCGCCCUCGGAGUUAGCCUUCCUCACCGAUAUGGGCUACUUCUUGGGCGGCUUCUUUUUCGCCAUCAAUGCAGUGCUGCUGUUGCUGCUCUGGGAGGCAGAUGACUUUGGCCUCACCAUGUUGAAGCAGCUGAACCGCGUCACAGAGGUCUCCCGCCAUGGCACGGCCAAGUUGGCACCCUCCUCAUCAGUGCCGGACUCCAAGAUGUCGAUUCGAGAUGUGACCUUCAUUACUGUCUACUGUUGGUUCAUCUCUAUGGCCUGCCUCGACUGUAUCAUCAAGGAGGAAUGGUAUAAGGAGGGCUUCUACCGUCAGGGCUUGCUGCUCUUCACAGGUUUGGGCAUGCAGAUCUUCAUCGUGAUUGUGGUCUUCAUUGUCUUACUCAUUCACUCUGUAGUGCUGCAGGUGCCGAAAGCUGAGCCGUUCCGUUCUGCGACCUACAUCACCAGGGCGAUGAUGAUCUUUGGAGCCUUUUGUCAAUCCGUGGACGUCAUUGCCUUCUUCAGCGGAUAUGCUACAAUGGCUGAAGAUUUGGAGCAAGCAGAGCGCAGGUGCCGCACGAAGUUCGGCCAACCCGCCAGCGGAGAACGUCGCAUAGAGCGAAUCCAUGUGGGUCGCAAACGCGAGGCGCCCAAGGACGACGUGCCACCGGAGCCCGCGGAGCCCGCAGAGCCCGCGGCGCUUCCGUCGGGCUCGGCACCUGAAGCGCCUCCGGUGCCACCUGCGUUGCCAGCGGCUGAGGCGAAGCAGGCCGAUGAGCCGGAGCAACGGAGAGCGGUCCCACAGGCCAUGAGUGAAUUCCUGGCACAGCGUGUCCUGGGCAGAUGUAAUUCGGUGGAAUCGGCUGAGAAGUUUUUCGUGUGGCUUCGUGAGCAAGCACAAGCGGGUGAACACAUUAGAGGCAGCGACAGGAUGGCAUAG